GACACUUUCUCGUAACCAUCCGUCUACAUUCAACACACUCUCUCUCUCUCUCUCUCUCUCCGAAUUCGAUCGAAAGAUAGAAGAAAGAGCGAUUUUCCUCACCGAAGAAGGAGAAACCAAUGGCCGAUCAACUCACCGAUGAACAGAUCUCCGAGUUCAAGGAAGCCUUCAGCUUGUUCGACAAGGACGGCGAUGGUUGCAUCACAACCAAGGAGCUUGGAACUGUUAUGCGCUCAUUGGGGCAAAACCCAACUGAGGCAGAGCUCCAGGACAUGAUUAAUGAAGUGGAUGCAGACGGGAAUGGCACCAUCGAUUUCCCUGAGUUUCUAAACCUCAUGGCCCGGAAGAUGAAGGACACUGAUUCUGAGGAAGAGCUGAAAGAGGCAUUCCGGGUUUUCGACAAGGACCAGAAUGGGUUCAUCUCUGCUGCUGAACUCCGCCAUGUGAUGACCAACCUUGGGGAGAAGCUCACUGAUGAAGAGGUUGAUGAAAUGAUUCGUGAGGCUGAUGUUGAUGGCGAUGGCCAAAUAAACUAUGAGGAGUUCGUUAAGGUGAUGAUGGCCAAGUGAUCACAUUAUCUUCACAUAAAUGAAGAAAUGUUGAUUAAAAGGAAAUGAACAAAAAAAAAAGGUGGGGGAAAGGACUAGGUUUGGGUUGUAUAACAGUGAUCAUAGUAGUCCUUGUCCUUUCUUCCUCCUGCAUUUUUAUUUGAUGGUUUUUGAAUCCAACCUUAAAACGUCGAUUAGUGGAAGUCCUGCUACUAAUGGAUUGUAGUGGAACUGUACCUUCUUAGUUUGUCUUGUAAUUUUAUCCAUAAAAAGGUUGUAAUGUUAAUGUCGCCUCAAUUUCUACCACGCUUCAUUUUUUUUUUGUUAAAAGUUAAUGAAUCUUGUUUGAUAUUCAGCUAGUAGUACUUGAAAUGUCUGUGUGAUAUGGGAAUGAGUAGCACUAAUUAUUUCUGUCUA